UCUUUUUGUUAUUGCUCCCUUGUAUUUCUUUUGCUGUGUGCCACUGCCCCCAGAGUGGAUGCUCUCCACUGCAUGCGAUGUAAAAUCAUCACAAAUCUCUCUCUCUCUCUCUGAAAACGCUCCCAGUCCCCUCUCACUUUCUUAUAUUUUUCAGUUUUUUGAAACGUGCUACGGAGCUGUAAUGGUCAACCAUCGGGGCAUUUGCCAAAUUUAAGUAAUUUUAAAACUCGAUGUUCCUUUGAUCCCUAUCAGCGUAGUCUGGAAAAAACUGUAUUUGGGGAGCCAGCAACUUACUCAAAAUAGUUCUGGUGAUGUAUCAUGUUUAAAAGUGGUGCUUCAUCCAUUAAGUGCUUUCAAAUUCAACGAGAAGAUCAGUGAAAGAUGCCAGAAAUUCAUUUGGGCGUACACACUAUAAAGUCACAUGGAGUUACAGUGGCAAGAAUGCAUGUGCAUGACUGGCUAAUUCUUGCCCUUCUUGUUGUGCUAGACGUCAUUUUGAACCUUAUAGAACCAUUUCACCGUUAUGUUGGAGAGGGGAUGAUGACUGACCUCAGAUACCCUUUGAAAGACAAUAGUACUGUUCCCUUUUGGGCUGUUCCAAUUAUCGGGAUAUUGUUGCCUUUUGCUGUCAUUCUCAUCUACUACUUCAUCAGAAGGGAUGUUUUUGAUCUGCACCAAGCCACAUUAGGUCUUCUAUUUUCUAUACUGAUCACUGCAGUUAUAACGGAUGCGAUCAAAGAUGGUGUUGGUCGUCCACGUCCAGACUUCUUUUGGCGUUGUUUCCCUGAUGGCAAAGUGGUAUUUGAGCAGGUCACAAGGAAUGUUAUGUGUACUGGAGAUAAGAGUGUCAUUAAGCAAGGACAUAAAAGUUUCCCAAGUGGGCAUACAUCUUGGUCCUUUGCAGGUCUUGGCUUUCUUGCUUGGUAUCUGUCAGGGAAAAUCAGGGCAUUUGAUCAUGGGGGCCACGUUGCAAAGCUAUGUAUUGUUUUCUUGCCAAUACUAGCUGCUUCUCUAGUUGGUGUUUCUCGAGUUGAUGACUAUCGGCAUCACUGGCAAGAUGUAUUCGCUGGAGGUCUUAUAGGGAUGACAGUUGCUUCAUUUUGUUACUUACAAUUCUUUCCACUCCCAUAUGACAUAGAUGGUUGGGGACCUCAUGCGUAUUUCCAGAUGUUGGCAGACUCCCGAAAUGACAUUCAGUCCGCAACAACCAACACAAAUACUCUCAAUGUGCAGCAAUCAGAGCUUGGAAGUGUAUACAUGCGACCUCAACACAUCGUUGAACUAUCAGGAGUAAAUACCGCGGACUCAAGCCCCAUGCUUGAUGCAUUGGAAAGCGGGAGGAGAUUCUGAUCACUUUUAGGCUUGGAUUGCAAAUAGCUUGACGCUACCAGAUGUGUCCAUUUCUUCAAGAUAAUAUUAGGAUGUAAAUUUCAUCGGCAGAUACCUGACCUCGAACUUUUAGCAUGGAACCGACAAAAACCAUCAUCCCUCAUUAGAUCGAUUGAUUUCAAGACUGCUCAGCUGUUUUCUGUGGUUCUUGUUUUGACGUACAUAUGAUUGAUCUUAGCAAAUUUCCUGGCAUGCCACUGGAACAAAAUCAUAUUCUUCCCAUAAAAUUAGGGUUUUGGGAGUUGAUUAAACUGGAUUUCCAAUCAUGAUUUCGAAACUGAUGAUGUUAUCGGUUUAACAUGGCUUUUUCCAUGGGAUUAUGUUGACACAUAUACAUGUUUAUGCUAUGUAUGACUAACUCUAAUGACAUCGUGUCCCCACAAUCAAUAUAAAGAAUAUUACACUCUCAGCAGCCA